UUUAUAUUUUAUAAAAAUAUUUAUAUUAUUGAUUACGAUUAGCUGUAUUAAAGCUGAUAUUGGUGCUAAGGAUAAUGGUGAUAUAUAUGUAAUAAAAAUCAGUUCCUAUAACUUUACUGUAACAACUGAAAUGCCAACGAAAAAUGUUACAGACUUGGAGGCGGUCACGAACUUAUGCAAUUCUAGUUUCUCUAUACCAAUAGAUUAUUUGGAAGAAUUUAAUAACACUGGUGAACUACCAGAUAUUAUUGAUAAAACUGGUAUGUGCUUUAUACGUUGCUUUUAUGAAAAGUCUGGUUUUAUAGACAAUUGGGCUUUAAACGUUGAACUAAUAAGGCAGUACAUGUGGCCAGCUACUGGUGAUUCCAUAAGCUAUUGUCAGGAGCAAGGCAGUAAGUUAUAA